AUGUUACCUCGCUCUGAUGAUGUCCGUCAUAUGACGGUCGAAAACUUAGCACCUUUUCACCCGAAUCGAAAGAGAUUGCCUCGGAAACAGCGUCAGCAUGAAUCUUCCAUUAAAGCCAAUCGACAGCUGGUCAAAAGGAAUCCGCCGUCGUCUUCUGGUGGAACCGGUUCGAAUCUCUUCACCCAACACUUCUACUCGAAAUGGAAGUAA